ACUGGCCAUCAUUUGAAUGUGGUGGUUCGACGUUGCAUGUACGGAAGACACGUAACGCCAACAGUGAGAGCUUGCAGAGGGUUUGACAAGAGAGGGAUCAGGAAGAUGUCGUCCCAGCAGGAGAGGGAGGAGCUCGACCGCCGCGCACGGCAGGGCGAGACGGUGGUCCCCGGUGGCACCGGCGGCAAGAGCCUCGAGGCGCAGGAGCACCUCGCGGAAGGGAGACACAAAGGAGGGGAGACGAGGAAGCAGCAGAUAGGGCCGGAAGGGUACCAAGAGAUGGGCCGCAAGGGCGGCCUGAGCACCACCGAAGAGUCCGGCGGACGGAGGGCGGCUCGCGAGGGCAUCCCGAUCGACGAGUCCAAGUUCAAAACCGGGAGCCAGAGUUAAAAACGAAGGAAAAAAAGAUAAGAGAUUAGGGUUUGCGGACUGUCGAGAUCGUGUCUGGUUUUUCGUUUUUUUGCGCUGUUCACCGUAGGUUAACUGUACUCUCUGUUCGCCUUGUUUGUUGCUGUGAUCUGAUCUGAAUGGUUCUUUUUU